GCUGCUCUGACCCCACUGUAACGUUUAUUGCCUAAAGUAGGAUUUUGUGUUUUUGUCCACAGUUGUUAGGAAUUGUAUUUUACAGCAGAAUGUCCAAAAGUGACGCCGUGCGGGAGAAUGUGAAGGAGUACUACGGCAGACGCCUGGAGGCCUCCUGUGACCUGCAAACCAGCGCUUCUUCCUGCAGUAUGCCCUGCAGCCUGAUGCCAAGCAGCGUACAAGAGGCCCUGGGUCUGGUUCACCCUGACGUCACCAAAAGAUUCUUUGGGUGCGGCCUCCCGUUUCCGGCGAAGCUUGAGGGCUGCAGAGUCCUGGACCUUGGCAGCGGAUCAGGGCGAGACUGUUUUGCCUUUAGUAAACUUGUUGGACCCAGUGGACACGUGACGGGCAUCGACAUGACAGAGCAGCUGAUCGCGGCGUCUCGCCAGUUCGUCGAGUACCAUCGGAGAAAGUUCGGCUACGAGGAGCCCAACGUCACGUUCAUCCAGGGAUACAUGGAAAAGCUCAGUGAGGCCGGGAUACCGAGGGACUCAAUGGAUGUUCUGAUUUCCAACUGUGUGAUCUGCCUCUGCCCUGAUAAACGAUCAGUGCUACAGCAAGCCUACGACGUUCUGAAGGAAGGAGGAGAGCUGUACUUCAGCGACAUGUACGCCAGCAGCGUCGUUCCAGAUCACAUGAAGCAGGACCCGGUCUUUUGGGGCGAGGGAAUGGGUGGCUCUCUGUUCUGGAAAGAUCUCGUCAGUCUGGCCCACGGCGUGGGCUUCAGCACUCCACUCCUGGUUUCGGCAAGCCAUAUCGAGGUCCACAACACCCAACUGAAAGCAAAAGCAGGUGACAUCAGGUAUGCCUCAGGCACCUACAGGCUCUUUAAGUUGCCCCGGCAGUCAGGGAUGUCAGCUGCUGCUGUGAUUUAUAAGGGGACCGUUCCCGGGUUUCCAGACCAGCUGGACUUUGACUCCUUGCACUGUUUCAAGAAAGGUGUGGAGGCGGAGGUAGAUGCAGAGAUGGCAGCGAUCCUCCAGAUUUCCAGAUUCUCCUCGGAUUUUAAGGUCCGGAUGUUGGACAAACACGAGUCUGACUCCGAGUCAACACAACAGUUCUGCCACCUGAACCCAUUCCUGCUGGCUGACAGACGGGGGUCCUCGGUGAAGCAGUGCUCCAAAACCUCCAGAUAAACAAAAAAAUAAUGCA